AUGACAUGGCUAGUAAAUUCCAUGGAAGAGGAGAUUGGCGCAAAUUAUAUGUGUUUCCCUACGGCAUAUGAAUUAUGGAAAAACAUAAAUGAGAUGUACUCUGAUUUGGGGAAUCAAUGUCAAAUCUUUGAGUUGACUCUCAAACUUGGUGAAUUACGGCAAGGAGAAGAACCGGUCACCAAGUAUUUCAACUCCUUGAAGAGGAUCUGGCAGGACCUUGAUCUUUUUGAUGCAUAUGAGUGGAAGAAUGUUGAAGAUGGACAGUACCACAAGAAAACAGUGGAAGACAGUUGUAUCUUCAAAUUUUUGGCUGGCCUCAAUGUUGAGUUCGAUGAGUGCCGAACCAAGAAAGGGAUCCUCGACGUUGGCCCUCCGACGCUCAAAUCAGUCACCGGCGAUGAGGAAUGA